AUGGCUGAGUUCGAAAACAACUACUUUGACUUCGACACUGCCGAUAACUUCCUCGACUCCAUCUCGGGGACCCUCAGCAAUCUCCUGCCCUCGUCCGUCAGUGGCGAUGAGGGUGUCAAGGAAGGAAUGAACGUGAUGGACGUCAUGUGGGAGGGAGAGCUCAACAAUGGGCUCAUCAAGGAAGAGUACGGCAACCCCAACUGGAAAGAUAUCGACAGACCAGCAGGCCAGGCGCCACAAGAGAUCGUGUUCAACGAGCAGAACUUCGGAGCCGACCAGUUCUACAAGGCAGGGCCCGCUGAUGGACAUUCCACCACGAUGUCCACCACGUCGUACUCACAGGACUCCCAUUCCAACGAAAUCUCGCCCCAUCAGCCCUCCAUCAGCAGCGUGCACACCUCGCCCGAGCCCAUCAAGUCGGAGAAAAUGGAGUCGCCCGUGAUUGCCAGCAAAAAGUCGAAAAUUACCAAGCCCAAGGCCAAGGAGAAGACCUCCCACAACGUGAUUGAAAAGAAGUACAGAACCAACAUCAACUCCAAAAUUUUGAUGUUAAGGGACGCUGUGCCCUCGUUGAGAAUCGCUGCCGGCUCCAAGGACGUCUCCUUGGCCGACCUCGAGGGCUUGACUCCUGCUUCCAAAUUGAACAAGGCCAGUGUUUUGACCAAAGCCACCGAGUACAUCAAGCACUUGGAAAGCAAGAACGAGCUCUUGAGACAGCAGAACAUCCAGUUGCAAAAACUCCUCCAGGAAGCCGAUUCGAAGCCUGUACAGUACACCCCUCAGAACCAAGUUCCAGCAGUCACUGGCCGCAACGUUGGCCAUGGCUUCGGUUACUACCCCCCAGAGCAAAGCUACAAUGCGACUCCCGUGCAGCAAUCCUACAGCGGAAGCUCGCAGAUCUACCAGCCCCAACACCCAGCACCAGCAUUGCAAGAGCAAUACUACCAGCAAACACCACCCCAGAACCAAUAUAACCCCAGCAAUAAGGUACUUUUGGGAGGUAUGGCUACUGUUAUGGCCACAUCGUUGUUUUCCGGGGGUGCUUCCGGUUCCAACGAUUUUAAGGGUAUGAGUGCCCUUCCUUUCAUACCUUCCGUCCUCACUCAUCCAUCGCCUCUUUUGGUCCAGCUAUGGAGCACAUUCAAAAUCUUGCUAAUCUUGGGAAGUGUUUUUAGCAUCGUAUUUUCUUCAUUGAAACUAGAUGUCAAGAGUGAAAAGACCAAGCUGUUGGGAAGCUAUGGCUUGCUCAAGACUUGGUUUAUGGUUACCAUGGGGUUCCAACUACCAUUGGUAUUAGAGAGUAGCGAAAAGCUGAAUAUUUUGAGAACCUUGGAUGGCCGCAAGACCAGCUUUGUAUGGUUCCAAAUUUUGAAGGAGUACCUUUUGUUAACUGCCAGUGAAAUAACCUUUGAAAACUCCUUUUUGACAAUCUUAUCAGGAAAAUUAUUGAUCAACAGAUUCCCAUUAUUAUCCAAGUUCCUUACUCGUGACUUAUCAUACAGAGCAAGCUUGAUCAUGAAUCUCGAAUACAAGGGUGACGAUGAAUCUUUGAAAAAAUUGAAUAAGUUGAUGGACAACAUAGAUGGCUUGGCCAUGUUUGGAUCCCAGAACUUGAUGUCCAGAUUGAGCAAUUUGGUUCAAGGUAAGAAAAUUAAUGAAGGGUUGGUUGACGGCAAUAACCAUUUGAAGUACGUCGAAUUAGCAGGCGCUGUUACUUCGGGCUUUAAUGUGGAUUCCGAGAAGACGGUUCUCUAUGACAUAAUUAUUAAUUGGAGAAUCUUAGAAAUUAUUCACCAGUUAAAUUUGAACUACUUGGCUAAUCUUGCUAAGGAUUCUGAUUGUUCUCAAGUUGAGAGAGAUAUCAACAAGGUGGAAGCUUGUUUGUUGGAUUCGUUCAAGAGCUCAAGUAUCUAUGGAUACUUCAAAAUGUUUAGAGCUGUUGUGGAUCCAAAGAAUUCACCACAACUUCUUCAGGACUUGUAUGGAGAGGUUAACGAAAAGUUGAAAACCUUCAAUGAUGAAGCAGAAGAAAAAGAAGAACUAAUAGAGGAACAGACUGAAACAACCUCCAAAGAGGAGAAAGAAAACAAUGAAAAUGUGAAUGUACCAACUCCAUCAUUAAAGGCACAAAAAUCACUCAUAACCUCACUUAAUCUUGUGAAUGAUGAGAAGUUUAUUAUUGCAACCACCUCCCUUGCCUUAUACUAUCACAACAAUAAAGAAAUAGAUCAUGCGAUAAAGAUUCUCAGGUAUCUUAAUUUAUCCACUCCAAGCAGUUUGAGUUUGUUGAGUUUUACCUCGGCAGUGAGACUUAUCAAUGGAUUGAUUCCAGGAGUUGAAGACAAUAAAAACUUGGAUAAUUUAGUGAAGGUUACUAGAGAAUGGCUCAACGAGUCUCAACAGUCCAGAACAGUGGACUUUGACGUGCGGUCAGACCUCAGCAAGCUUAUCGUUCAAAAGGGGAUGGUUUUGCAUGGUAUCGAAACUGAACAUGAAGAUGAUUAG